CCCCCACCCCGGUCCGUGUGUCCGUCCGGCCCCUUUGCCCCCUGUCCGUGUGUCUGUCCAGGUCCCGCGUUUCUCUCCCACCCGUCUAUUGGGUGUGUCCGUCUCCCAGGCCCGGGUCCGGCUGUCUGGCCCUUUGGCCCCUGGCCCUUCAGUGUUUUUUCACGGCUCCCGGACCCUUUCCCCUUGUCUGUCCCCCGGCUCCCCGCCCUCGGCUGGCUGUCUGUCUGUCUGCGCCCUCUUCGCUCCACGUGGGUCUCUGCCCUUCCCCUCCCCCCUGAUCGUGUGUGUCUGUCUGUCUGUGCCACCCAUCGCACCGCGUGUCCUCCCCUCGGGAAAGGAACUGCCCAUGGCUCCCUGCCUGGCUCCUCCAAACCAGUAUUUAUUAGGCUAGUCCGAGGAACCGGCAUAUAUUUUAUAUAAAAAUAGCGACAUAUCUUUUUCCUUUUAAAGAAAAAGGGAAAAAACCCUAUAACUAUAUAUUGCAAAGUUAAUUUUAUUUUUGUCCAAGUUUUUUUAUCUCCAAAAAUGAAAUAACACAGCAGCCUCAGACUUUGGGUCUGAAGGAUUUGGAAGAAAAAAUAAUAUAUUUAAAAAAGAGAAACACUUCUUUUUUUUUAAUUGACAUUUUGCUUUUGGAAACAAAGGCAAAGUGGAAAAACUCCACCGUGUGGAGGAGGCCUUGGAUUUAGUUGUUGGGUGGGUGGUGGGGUUUGAACUUCUUGCUUGUGGAAGGCUUAAAUUUUUUUGCCUAUUUCCAGGCCUUUUAUCUAUCCAGCUGCUUCCCCUCUUCCUCUCCCAGGGCCUGAGAUAAUCAAACUCACCUCUUCUGCACCAUUCUAUCCCCACCCCCAAAAUCCCCAUAAGCUUCUUCUGCACGAACCCCCAAUCUGCUGCACGAACCCCCAAUCCAAGCCAAGAGCACUCUGCUCUUAUCCUGACUUCCCAUUGGCCUCUACUUCUGCCCUGAGGGGGACCACCCACCCCUUGUUCCCACUUCAUUUUCCCUUAGCCAAAAUUAGUGAUUUUUAAAAUAUAUAUAUAAUUGUAAAUUCCGUUUUAGUUUCUAAAACUUUGUUUUAAAAACAAAAAAAAACCUUUAAAAACAAAUUAGUUUCUGGUGGGAGUGCGUGCUGAGUGGAAGAUGAAUACGGCUGCUAGUAGCUACCCGAUGGCGUCAUUGUAUGUGGGCGACCUGCACCCUGAUGUCACCGAGGCCAUGUUGUAUGAGAAGUUCAGCCCUGCUGGGCCUGUACUCUCCAUCCGAGUCUGCAGGGAUAUGAUCACCCGUCGCUCCCUGGGAUAUGCCUAUGUCAACUUCCAGCAGCCAGCUGAUGCUGAGCGUGCUCUAGACACCAUGAACUUUGAUGUGAUCAAAGGCAAACCCAUCCGCAUUAUGUGGUCUCAGCGGGACCCCUCUCUGAGGAAGUCGGGGGUUGGGAAUGUCUUCAUCAAGAAUCUGGACAAAUCCAUAGACAACAAGGCACUUUAUGACACGUUCUCAGCAUUUGGGAAUAUCUUGUCCUGCAAGGUGGUGUGUGAUGAGAAUGGCUCUAAGGGCUACGCAUUUGUGCACUUUGAGACCCAGGAUGCUGCAGACAGAGCCAUCGAGAAGAUGAAUGGCAUGCUGCUCAACGACCGCAAAGUAUUUGUUGGGAGAUUCAAGUCCCGUAAGGAGCGGGAGGCUGAGCUGGGAGCCAAAGCAAAGGAGUUCACCAAUGUUUAUAUUAAAAAUUUUGGGGAUGACAUGGAUGAUGAGAGACUAAAGGAGCUCUUCAGCAAAUAUGGCAAGACACUGAGUGUUAAGGUGAUGACAGAUCCCACUGGAAAGUCCAAAGGCUUUGGGUUUGUGAGCUUCGAAAAACAUGAAGAUGCCAACAAGGCAGUGGAAGAAAUGAAUGGAAAGGAUAUUAAUGGAAAAAUGGUAUUUGUAGGCCGGGCACAGAAGAAAGUAGAGCGCCAGGCAGAGCUGAAACGGAAGUUUGAGCAGCUGAAACAAGAGAGAAUCAGCCGGUACCAGGGUGUUAAUCUGUACAUUAAGAACCUGGAUGACACUAUUGAUGAUGAAAAACUGAGGAAGGAGUUUUCGCCUUUUGGGUCUAUUACAAGUGCCAAGGUGAUGCUGGAGGAUGGACGAAGCAAAGGGUUUGGCUUCGUCUGCUUUUCCUCUCCAGAAGAAGCUACCAAAGCCGUGACUGAGAUGAAUGGGCGUAUCGUGGGCUCCAAGCCAUUGUAUGUUGCGCUGGCACAGAGGAAAGAGGAGCGAAAGGCCCACCUCACUAAUCAGUAUAUGCAGCGCAUUGCCGGAAUGAGAGCCCUGCCUGCGAACACGAUCAUUAACCAGUUCCAGCCAGCUGCGGGGGGGUACUUCAUGCCUGCUGUGCCCCAGGCUCAGAGCAGACCCACUUACUAUGCACCCAGUCAGAUGACGCAGAUGAGACCUAACCCACGCUGGCAGCAAGGGGGGAGACCUCAAGGAUUCCAAGGAAUGCCGAAUGCCAUGCGCCAGUCCGGACCGCGCCCAGCACUGCGCCAUCUGGCUCCUACUGGCAAUGCUCAGGCCUCGCGUGGCCUCCCUGCUGCUGCCCAGAGAGUUGGCGUCGCCGCUGCAGCUCAGAAUUUAGCCCCUCGUCCGCCUGUAACUGCCCCAGCUCCCAGAGCAGUUCCCCCUUAUAAAUAUGCCUCAACUGUCCGCAGCCCACACCCAGCAGUACAGCCUUUGCAGGCACCUCAGCCUGCAGUACACGUACAGGGACAGGAACCUUUAACUGCUUCUAUGCUAGCUGCUGCCCCUCCCCAGGAGCAGAAACAGAUGCUGGGAGAACGUUUGUUCCCCCUGAUCCAAGCUAUGCACCCCAGCCUUGCGGGGAAGAUCACAGGAAUGCUACUAGAGAUUGACAAUUCAGAGCUACUGCACAUGCUGGAGUCUCCAGAAUCCCUCCGGUCAAAGGUGGAGGAGGCUGUUGCAGUGUUGCAGGCUCACCAAGCCAAGAAGGAAGCUGCCCAGAAGGUGGGCGUGGUUGCUGCUACCUCUUAAACCAGGAAGACUGGAUGCAAAGAAGCCAAAUAGCCCCUUCACAGACAUCAGCUCAAGAUGUUUGGAGAUAACUUUCGCUGUCCUGCAGAUCUCAACACCAUGCAACAUAUCACAUAGCUAUACUGUAUUUUGUAAAUUAAUCUUUAAAAAUCUUGUCUAAAAAGUCAAUUCCAUGACACUUUAGGUUUCCAAGACCAGGAUUAAGUUUGCAAGCUUUUCCUUUGUGGCCAGGACAGAGCUAAUCUUUGUCUUUUCUAAGCAGGACAUUGAGGAUUUCUGACUGAAAGUUUUUUGUGGGUUUGGUUUUUAACUGAACAAUCUAGUUUGCGAAGUCUGGAAAGCCUUUAUCAAUAAAGGAAUAAAACCUUUCAUUAAA